ACUCAUUUCCACACAUUCUACUCUUCAAUAUGUUCCAUCUUUGUAGCAAAAACAAAUUCCAAAAACAAAAUAAGAAACAAAUUUGAAAAACUCAAUCAAUGGCUGCAACAUCAACACAUUAUUCACUUCUUAUAAAUCAAAAACCUUUCUCACAUUUCCUUACAAACCCACCUUCCUUUCCUUCAAAUUAUCCAUUAUAUAGUUCCAAUAAAAGACGAGUUCAAAUUCUGGCUGGAACAAUUGUUGGUCAAGUUUUACUUACCGGGCCGAAUUCUAGAUUACAGGUGCCACAUUCCCUUGAGAACCGGAGGGUUAAGACCGGAAGAAAUUCUAAUAGAAGACCAAGUGUUUGUGUCAAUGCCAAAAAGAAAAAUCCAUGGCUUGACCCUUUUGAUGAUGGAGAAGACCCCAACCUUGAAUAUGGUUCAUUGUUUUCAGAUGGUAAACAAGAAGAAGAUCCAAGGCCACCAGAUAAUCCAAACAACCCUUAUGGAUUCUUGAAGUUUCCAGCUGGUUAUUCAGUUGAGAUAGCUUCAAUUGGAUUGAAAGUUAGAGGUGAUGUUAGGAGGUGUUGUUGCGUGGUGUCUGGUGGUGUUUAUGAGAACCUAUUGUUUUUUCCAACUAUACAGUUGCUUAAGGAUAGGUACCCUGGUGUUUUGAUUGAUGUGGUUGGUUCUGAGAGAGGGAAACAGUGUUAUGAGUUGAAUAAGAAUGUUAGAUGGGCUAAUGUUUUUGAUCCUGAUGAUGAGUUUCCUGAGCCUGCUGAGUAUACUGAUUUUGUUGGAGUUUUAAAGAGUAGAUACUAUGACAUGGUGUUAAGCACAAAAUUGGCAGGCAUCGGGCAUGCAGCAUAUUUAUUCAUGACAACUGCAAGAGAUAGAGUUAGUUAUGUCUACCCAAAUGUGAAUGCUGCAGGAGCAGGAUUGCUUUUAUCUGAAACAUUCACACCUGAUUCUCUAAAUCUUUCAGAAGGAGGAUACCAUAUGUACCAUCAGAUGGAAGACUGGUUAGGAAAACCAUUUCGAAGCGUUCCACGGCAGGUUGUGCCGCCACUUAAAGUAUCGAUUUCGAGGAAGUUGAAGGAAGUUGUGGAGGAAAAAUACACAAAAGCAGGUGUAAAGAAAGGAAGAUAUGUUGUGAUUCAUGGGAUACAAUCAGAUUCAAAGGCAUCAAUGCAGUCUAGGGGUGAUCCUGAUAGUUUACUACCACUUGAAGUGUGGGCUGAAAUUGCUGAUUCUUUAAGGGAAUUUACGCCACUUUUUGUCAUUCCACAUGAGAAAGAAAGGGAAAAUGUUGAGGAAAUUGUUGGAGAAGAUUCCUCCAUAAUCUUCAUAACCACCCCUGGACAGAUGGCUGCUCUUAUUAAUGAUUCUGCCGGAGUCAUAGCGACCAAUACAGCUGCAAUUCAGCUUGCAAAUGCGCGUGACAAACCUAGUGUUGCACUAUUCAGCUCCCAAGAGAAGGGAAACAAGUUUGUUCCGCAGUCUGAAGAGAAGAAAUGCAUUGUGAUAUCAUCGAAAACGGGAAAGUUGAUUGAUAUCGAUGUUGAGGCUGUAAAAAACGCAAUUCAAACUUUCAAUCUUUCUCUAGCUUUUGCAUAGCCUUGGUUUCUUGUUAUGUGGUUGUGCUAACUGUGAUUAAAACUUUUAGUAAAGACAGAAUGUAUAUUGACAAAUUCAUGGUUUUGUUCGUGCUAAAGAUAACAAA